GGCGCAUCAGCCCAGCUCAACCUGCCAACUUCGAAGAAAGGAUUUUGGACUGGAAGAGCCGGACUGAUGAAGAAGGGAAUUAUGUGAGCAGGUGCUUUUGACGCGCCAACAAGGGUCUUCAUGGACAGGUCCGGCAACCCCAUGAUGUAUAUGGACGGUUCGCAUAAUGUCCGGCUGAUGAUGCCCAGGCCGAUCCCACCACCGGAGUCAUCCUACGCCUUACGGAAGGGACUGUGGGACUGUCAUGUAGUGGACGGCAAAGUGGUUAUCAUGCAGCAGACUUUAGAGGAAGCAGGAUCCCUGCGGCCUGGAUAUGUUGAUGCGGGAAGUCUAUCUAAAGUUUCUCGCUUGCGGGCUUCCGAUAGCAAACGGGUGAGGCAGGUCCCUGUCGGACCAAGGCCUAUGAAGAGGCAACCCACUUUGGGUAUGCGCUCCAAAACCUCUGCUACACAGAGGGAAUACAGCAUGGCCGCCGUGGCUCACUUGAAGGAAGCAUCGCAAUCUAUUUACCGAUGCCAUGAUGCUUUGAAUGUCAAGCGUUACGCCGCUGUCAUUCACGAGAUGGCGAUAAGAUUACGUUGGAGGCAAUGAUGUGCGGCGGUGGUGAGCAUAAGGGAUCUGAAUAGAGGUCAUUUAAUUUGGAUUAAAUAGUGAUUUAUUGUAUUCUCCACG